AUGUUGAUUAAAAAUAAAUUUUGCUUCCCUCUAAUUUUAUUUUUUUCCAUUUAUUUAUUUUUCUGUUUAAAUUGGAAUUUUGGUGAAUCAAAAAAUUUGGAAAGCCGAAAACUUGAAAUUUUAAAAUUUAAAGAAAAUUUAAACAAAGGAGGAAGAAAAUUUAAUUUUAAUAAAACUGAGAAGCUAAAUUCGAGAAAAUUAAAUGGGGAAGACGAAUUUUUUGUUGAUUUUGCUAUGACUGUUCAUUACGAAUACGAUUCUAUACAAGGCUGGGAAUUUUUUUAUUAUAUGAGAGAUUGUUUUGACGAAGAAAAAUAUUUUAAAAAAUAUUGCGAUUUGGAUAAGAUGAGUAAACCAAUUAAUGCUACAUUUGAUGAGAGAAAAUUGGAUAAGAUUGAAAUUUUUGUUGAUGAAGUCGUUGACAGUAAAGGAGAGACACUUAUAAAUGUUGGGAAGAAUACUACAUUUAUUCUUGACGAUGAAUAUUUAGGAUACAAAGCUAUACAAGGAAGUUCUGAAAAUAUUGAAAAAAUCAGAAAGGCUUUACAAGUUAAAAUUGACAAAGAAUAUGGUUAUUAUUAUUUAGAUGGAAGGUGUAGAGACUAUAAACCUGGGGGAAAACUAACAAUUGGUUUAAAAUUAAAAAAUGCUAAUACAACAAUUAAUGUUUAUGGAAAAAAUAUGGCAAACAAAAGUCAUGUGAGUACAUAA